AUGCCAGACGCGAAGACGAGAUGCCACAUCGAGAUUAGACAGUCGUGGAAUGAAGAUACGGCAGCACGAACCGCACCCACCACCGCCCACCGCAUAGUGCUCAUGACUCAUCCACCACAAACCACACCAAUAUUCCCGCCCACCCUCGCCACUCUCACCACCUCACACAUCGCCGCGCUCUCCGGCCUCAGUGCGUACCUAGACCUAUGGAGCACAUCCGCCGCGCACCGUGAGGUAUGCGACGACCUCUCGCCACGGCCGGUGUUGACGCGCCUGCUGGAGAAGGAUAUCGAGCGCAUCAUCGAGAUGCAGGGCUGGGCUGUGCUCGGCGACUGGCUGGUUCGCAUCAUGAUCUGCUUGAAGGCCUUUGGGUUUCACAAGGGGACGGAGAAUCAAAAAGCCUUGUGGCGCGCGGUCAGGAGGGAGGCGAAGAGGCUGGGGGUGGGGGCUGAGGAGCGGGCGGAGGGGUGA